GGCACAAGGGGACACCGGAUCAAGGCGGAGAGCCAAGGGUCCAGGUCCGCAGAAGUGGGGAGGGGCCAAUGGAGGAUCUGGGCGCAGUUUCCUCCCCAAGCGCGCUGGCCCCGCCCCCGCCGUUCCCGCUCCGGCCCGCCCCCGGCCGCUUGCCCCAGGCCGGGCCUGGGCUCCCCUCGGGUUCCCCCAGCGCCCGGCCUGCGCCGGCGCGGCCUCCUCGCCGCCACAGCCUGGGUCUGACAAGAUGUACCAGGUCCCACUGCCACUGGACCGGGAUGGGACCCUGGUCCGGCUCCGCUUCACCCUGGUGGCCCUGGUCACAGUCUGCUGUCCACUUGUCGCCUUCCUCUUCUGCAUCCUCUGGUCCCUGCUCUUCCACUUCAAGGAGACUACGGCCACACACUGUGGGGAUGUUCUCUGCGGCCUCCCAGCCCUUGGACCCAGAUGGGACUGUGUUCCGGCUCCGCUUCACGGCCAUGAUCUGGUGGGUCAUCACUUUCCCCAUGUUCGGCUUCUUCUUCUGCAUCAUCUGGUCCCUGGUGUUCCACUUUGAGUACACGGUGGCCACUGACUGUGGGGUGCCCAACUACCUGCCUUCGGUGAGCUCGGCCAUUGGUGGGGAGGUGCCCCAGCGCUACGUGUGGCGCUUCUGCAUCGGCCUGCACUCAGCGCCCCGCUUCUUGGUGGCCUUCGCCUACUGGAACCACUACCUCAGCUGCGCGUCCCCGUGUCCUGGCUACCGCCCGCUUUGCCGCCUCAACUUUGGCCUCAACGUCGUCGAGAACCUCGCACUGCUAGUGCUCACUUACGUCUCCUCUUCCGAGGACUUCACCAUCCACGAAAAUGCUUUUAUUGUGUUCAUCGCCUCUUCCCUCAGUCACAUGCUCCUCACCUGCAUUCUCUGGCGGCUGACCAAGAAGCACACAGUAAGUCAGGAGGAAUAUGAACAUGCCCAUCAUUCCUGCUGCCCUUGCCUGUGCCCCCUUCCAAAACCAAGGGAGGACCGCAAGUCCUACAACUGGAAACAGCGGCUUUUCGUCAUCAACUUCAUCUCCUUCUUCACGGCGCUGGCUGUCUACUUUCGGCACAACAUGUAUUGUGAGGCUGGAGUAUACACCAUCUUCGCCAUCCUGGAGUACACCGUUGUCCUAACCAACAUGGCGUUCCACAUGACAGCCUGGUGGGACUUCGGGAACAAGGAGCUGCUCAUUACCUCCCAGCCUGAGGAAAAGCGAUUCUAAACCCUUUCUCUCCUACUAGAAAGGAGGAGGCGGUCCACUGCCCAGAAACUAGAAACAAGACACCACUCUGGCCUUCCCCA